AUGCUCAUAUUUUCAUUGCUUAUUUCGAUAGCAAUAGCUUGCAAAUCAAUAAGCGAAUCGGAAUCUAUAAAUUUAGAGAAUGGAAAGAAAUAAGAAUUAUGUUUUAAGGUGAAUACCAAUCUGCCAACCAUAGUUUAAUUAGUUAAAUACGAAGAUGAAGGUUCCAAGAAAAAAAAGAAAAAGGGAAAGAGUAACAAAGACGAGGAUGAAGAGGAUGAAAAUAUAUUCAUAUACGGUAUUUGUAGUGUUUAAUAAAAUUUAGAGGAAGUUGGUUUAGGAUAGUGUAAAUUAAAACAAGGACAGAGAGUUUGUUAUUUUGAAAAAGGUAAGGAUAGAUUAGAAGUCGACCUGAAAUGCACAAAGGGACCAUGCAAAUUCAAUGUGAUUGUUAUGCAAGAAGAACCUAAGUAAUUGCAGAUUGGAAAACAAUAAAAAUCUAAAUUAAAAUUAUUAAAAAUAGCAUCGAGUUCUAAUUAUAGGGUAGUCUAUUCAAUUAAAUGUAACAAUUGUGUCAUGAAAAUUGUUGAUGCAGAUCUCUGGUUUUAUGGGGACGAACCAACUAUUAUGCAAAGUGACACAAGAUUCAUAGCGGCAUUUUACGAUGGCAUAGAGAGUGAAACAACCAUGAUUUUAAUUGGGGAACAGGAAUUUGAAAUUGAAAGAUUUGAAUACGUGAAAUAACAGAAUUUGAAUGUGAAUUAAGUGAUGGUCGAUGCAAUUGAAAAAUCAAAAAAGAAUGAAUAUCUAAUUUAAGGUGUAAAAGUAGUUAAACUUAAAUCUUAUACUCAUGACAUCUUGAAAAUUAAGGUGAGAAAUCAAGAUGGAGACAUCAUCAUAGAUCAGACUCUUAAUACAUUUUAACAUAAAAAUUAUAAUUUAUUGUGGAAUGAAGAUUUCUCGAGUUUAGAAUUAAGUUCCAGCAAUAAAAUAGGUUACUAAAUAGAAGUUAUAGAACAAACUGAUAUUAUCUCUGUUGAAAGUAAUGAUUUAGCCAUUGGACAGUAAUAUGGAAUUGUUAAUUACAAGUUGAAACUACUUGAAAUAGAAGACAAUCAUUUCACAGUAUCAGCAGAUAGUUCAGAUGAUAUUUCAGUUUAGGUGAAGCCAUGUAAAGGCAGCAAAUGUGAAGCUAUUGAGAAAAUUAAGAAUGGAGAAUCCUUUCAAUCUGUACCAUAAAAUUGUGAUAAUCCAGAUAAGGACAAUUAUUGUUGGUAUGUGAUUGCUGUGGAAACUUAUGGCAUUUAUACUCUUGACAUCAAUGACAAUAAUGAAGCCAAAAUUUUAUAAUGA